AUGUUUAUUGCACGUCGAUUCAACACUUCCUGUUUGUCGACAGGCAUGAAAAUGACUAUGUCCACAACAGCUACCAUGAGCGCCAGAGUUCACAGGAAGGUGAUGCGGGCGCCGCAUAAGAGGGCGCAUCCGGGGAAAAUGCUGCACGGGGGGAAGCUAGUGCACCCGGGUAAAAACGUGCUCGGACCGGGUAAAAGUGUUCACGGAGUCGGCAAGUUUGCACAUCUCGGAAAAUUUGGGAAACUCGGCCACUACGCGCAUACACACGCACUGCGCCCGCCGGAACCAUGCGAGAACAGCAACGACAGCGGCCUCGGACCAGAUCCGGUUAACAGAUUAUCCGAGGUGUCAGAGGAGUGGGAUCAGCCGGAAUCGAAAAGGCGGCGCGAGUGCGCCUCAGGGGUUAAGGUAGAAUGCGACGACGCCAACGAUGCGUACGCGUUCGCGCUGCCCGCCGCGCCCGCGCCGCCCGACGCUGCGCCCGCGCUGCCCAUACCCGCAAUAAGAGCCGGAUGCAGCAUUUCUAGUCCAAACAUGUCCGAAACCGGCAAACGAUUCCAGGACCCCGCAUACAGAUCUUGCGGCAAACUAGGGAGUGGUGGGAAGUUGGCAAGCAAAUACGCCAGUGGGGGUAAAUUAGGGGGUAAAUUGGGUGGUAAACUGGGGGGGAAGUACGGUGGGAAGUUGGCCCAAGCGCUGGCCAGACGGAGAGCGAUGACUGCCACGCAUUCAGGACCACCUGGACUAUCCGCUCCCUUAUCCAACAAGUCUCGGGAUGGGACAGUGGAGUUACAGAUAUUAUGUCAGCCGGAAACACAACACAGAGCAAGGUAUCAGACGGAGGGUAGUCGAGGAGCAGUGAAAGACAAUUCGGGGAAUGGCUUCCCCGUUGUAAAAUUAGCUGGUUAUGAUAAGCCAGCUGUGCUACAGGUCUUCAUAGGCACAGAUACAGGUCGCGUUGCGCCACAUAUGUUCUACCAGGCGUGCCGCGUCUCCGGUAAAAACUCCACACCCUGCAAAGAGAGGAAGGAAGACGGCACCGUUGUUAUAGAAAUAGACUUAGAGCCUACAAAGAAAUGGGAAGUCACUUGUGACUGCGUUGGAAUACUCAAGGAACGUAACGUGGACGUAGAGCACCGUUUCGGCGAGGCGCUGGGCGGCGCGUCGGGCGCGCACGCCGCCCGCGGCAAGAAGAAGUCCACGCGCUGCCGGAUGGUGUUCCGCACCGAGAUACUCAACGCGGCCGGCCAGCCCGAAACUCUGCAAGUCUGCUCCACACAGAUCAUAUGCACCCAACCCCCAGGAGUACCAGAAGUGUGUCGCAAGUCCCUCGUGUCCUGUCCAGCGAGUGGGGGUCUGGAGCUCUACCUCCUGGGCAAGAACUUCCUGAAGGAGACCCGCGUAGUGUUUCGCGUCUCUCAUGAUGGAUCACCCUGGGAGGAGGAGGUGGCACCCGAUAAAGAAUUUUUGCAGCAGACGCACCUAGUGUGCUGCGUGCCGCCGUACCGCCGGCUGGACAUCGCGGAGCCAGUGUGCGUGCAGCUGUUCGUGCGCGCCGGCGGCAAGGCCUCCGAGCCGCACGCCUUCUACUACACGCCGGCGCCGCGCGCGCCCGCGCCGCCGCCGCACUGCACGCUGCACCCGCACGCCGCCAAGUACGCAGGUAGCGAGCGAGCUGCCGCCCGCCGCCGCGCCGCCCAUCUCUAUGGUGACGAGCGCUGGGCCGGCCUCAUGCCGCCGCCGCAGCCGCGCCGCCCCUCCAUCAUCGCGCCGGACCCCCACUCGCCCAUAGGCCUCAAGAGUGAGGUGCAAGAUGAGUCCAGCCAGCACUCGCUGAUAGAAGGCUCGGAGGGCUGCUCCGAGAGCGAAAAGCAGAUGUCGGACGACCUCAGUGUCAUGGACCUGCGCCUGAAGUCCGAGACUAUCUCCGCGGAAUCCACGCCGCAGGUCGGCUAUGUCGGCACCUACGACUCGAUCAAGCUUUCCCCGGCCACGUCUUCUCAGAGCGACUCGCCCUCGUCCAUGGUGUCCUUCACGCAGCAGCUCCAAGCCAUACAGAACCAGGUCCAAACCGACAAAAUGGUCGAAUCAGUGACGGCCGCCAUCUUUAAUUCGGACAACGCCAACCAAAUAUACGUCGAUCCACCGAUCCUACCCAUGAACACUAUGGAAACCAUGCAGCAACUCAUCUCUUCGAAGUCAGCCAUGAACCCCAUGGAGACCGACAUGAAGGUCCUCAAUCCCGAGUUGAUGAUGACGGAUUCAGAGAUGCAAACGGCCAACGAACAAAGACUGAUUGUGUACAACCAAGUGCAGCAGAGUAGAGAGGAGAGCUACAACCCAUUCAGUGCCAUGACAAAAAUGGAGGCGACGCAGAUAGAGCAAAGAUUGGCGCAGCAGAGUGCGCACAUGGAGGCACUCGUCGAGGACGCCAUGAAGGCCACGGCCGCCAUGCUGCCGGACGACGCGGCCAAGCUGGACGAGCUGGUCAACUCCAGGGUGGACGACCACCUGUCGGGCUCGUCCUCCUCUCCUUCGACCACUUCCCACGCGUCCGACGUGCUGCUGAGUCCGAACGCGGCCGUCGUGUCCCGCAACUCGGCGGGCUCGGAGCUGCUGGCGCCCAUGCCGGCGUCCGCCAUCUCGCCCGACGUGAUCCUCAACCCGCAGGUGUCGCCCAGCAUGCUGUGCGAGCACCCGGCGGGCGGCCAGCGCAUCGUGCUGCCGGCGGGCGCCAGCCAGGACGAGCUGAUGAUGAUGCCGGACAUCCCCACGUCGGUGAAGACGCCGCCCGCCGCCGUCAAGUCGAUGAUCCUGAACGCGGCGGCGGAGAUCCUCACGUCGGACUCGACCAUGAACGCGCUGGUGACGUCGGCCAUCAACACGGCGAACAUCCUGAGCACGGAGGCGGACGCGGCGCCGCCGGCGGACUCGCCGGCCGCCAUGUCGCACGCCGUGUCGCAGGCGGUGACGCAGGCCGUGUCGCAGGCCGUGUCGCAGGCGGUGUCGCAGGCCGUGUCGCAGGAGAUGACGGCGCCCGUGCAGGGCCUCACGGACAUGAGCGACCAGGACCUGCUCUCCUACAUCAACCCCAGCACCUUCGACCAGGUG